GGGAAUACAAGUUGGGUCUCUGUUUCUGACUCCACAGUUUACCAGCACCAGUUAAGUUGGCACAAAAAAAACGUAGUAGUCACUUGAGCUUGAAUAUGACUGCAGAAAUUUGGGACGUUAUUAUUGUUGGCGCGGGACUAUCUGGACUGAGUGCGGCUCAUUUGCUCAGAAAAAGGAAUGCCAAGUUGAGAAUACUGAUAUUGGAAGGAAAAGAUCGGGUGGGAGGUCGCACAGUGUCCACCGAAAUACCGGCAGCCAAUGGUGUUGAUCGCUGGGAUUUUGGAGGGCAGUGGGUAGGACGAACCCAAACACACAUCUUGGAGCUUAUAGAGGAGCUUGGCUUAGAGACCUACCAGCAAUUCAAUAUUGGCAAGAAGGUGCACCACAUGGGAGGGCCAGGUGCCAAAGUUCGCACCUACAGAACCAGUAUUCCUGCUCUGUCCCCAGUGGUGCUAAUGGAUCUUACCCAGCUCCUGUGGAAGAUUGACAGAUUGUGUGCCACAGUAUGCGUUGAGGAUCCUUCGAGGACUCCCAACGCUGUUGAGCUGGACUGUAUGACCCUGCACUCAUACAUUGAGCAACACGCAUGGACUACAGAACUCAAAGAGGAGAUGGGACUGUGUAGCAGGUCUGUCCUUGGCAUGGAGCCAUCCCAGAUGUCCUUUCUAUUUUUCCUCAUGUAUGCUGCAGCAGCUGGAGGGCUACUGCCACUGCUGGAGAGCACUCCAGGGUCUGCUCAAGAGCUCAAGAUAAAGGGAGGCACCCAACAGCUUUCACAGUGUCUGGCAGAACGUGUUGGGUGGAAGAAUGUCCGGCUGGGUUCUGCUGUGACGGCCAUAUGGCAGGAUGCUGAGUGGGCCAGGGUGACGACCAUCGCCAACACCUUCUUGUGCAGAGCUGUGAUCGUCACCUGCCCCCCUCAUUUGGCAGCAAGGAUCCGCUACCAGCCAGCCCUGCCCAGCCAGAGAGAAUUCCUUACUCAGAACAUGCCUGUGGGCCACAUGAUAAAAUUCAUUAUUACCUACCAGACGGCUUUUUGGAGGGAGAAGGGUUUCUCUGGGGAAAUAGUGACAGGAUCCUCUACCGAGUGUCCAUUCUGUGUUACCUUUGAUGCCACCAGCCCCAAAGGUAAUGCUGCCUUGGUAGGCUUCAUUGCUGGCGAGCAGGCAUCCCAAUGGAGCUCCGAGGAGGGUGGGGAGAGAAGAAAAGCUGUGGUUUCCAGUCUGGUCAAAUACCUAGGUCCUGAGGCCGCAUCUUUCAUCCAUUAUGAAGAGAAAGACUGGGCUAAGGAGGACUACAGCGGGGGCUGCCCUGUUAAUGUCAUGGCACCAGGUCUGCUAACAUAUUACCACCCUAGCCUGAGGAGGCCCUGUGGCAGGAUCCACUGGGCAGGCACAGAGACAGCCACCCUGUGGUGUGGGUACAUGAGUGGCGCAGUACAAGCUGGUCAGCGAGCUGCUCUGGAAGUACUGGCUGAACUCUGCCCAAUGACCCUGACCCAGGAGGAGCGGGAAGCAGUGCAGCACAGUCAAACUGUUCAGGGUGCCGCCAAGCAAAAACCAUCAUCCAAACUCAUGCAUAUGUCUACAAGCAAAGCUAUGGUCAUAGCAACACUGGCAAUAAGUGCAGCCCUCUUGCUGGCUCAGAAUCAAAAUGCACUGGUAAAGGUUAAAAUCUACUUCUCAAAUGUAUUUUCAGCAACCAAUCGUAAUAUAUUCCUAUUGUAACAGAGACCUGUAAAUACCUGUACAUUCCACCUUCUUAGACUGAAUGAACAAGUAAAGUUUUACUGGAGCUGAUUCUUUCUUUUCUAUUCCUAUUUUCACAUACUGCAUUAUUGAUAACUUGAGAUUGAAUAAGUCUGAUUUACAUUAUAUCAUAUCAAAUCAUGUUAUAGUUAGAGAUGUCCCAGAGUUUGUUUGUUUUUUGCCCUCGAUCCUGAUCCGAGUCAUUUAGUAUUUAGAGUCCCAAUCUGAUACUUCUAUUGCUGCAGGGUGCACACUUAAAGUACUUUUAAGUUAUAAAAAUCAAUCUGAUGUAUAUGUAAAACUCAAUAUGUGCGAUGCAAUGCAUUAAGAAAAAUAAACCUCCAUCUAAGCUGUUCCUUAAAGUUACAAUGUGUAAUUUAUGUGGUUGUUUGUUAGCAAAUAUCAACUAUUGCUUUCAUAAAUAUAUAUUUACUAAAGUGUAAUGCAAUUCACAUACAAAUGGAAGCUUUCUCAUAGGCUUGAAAUGAUUUCUCUAUAUAUAUAUACAGGCAGGGCGCAGU